CCCUACCAACUUCUCACAUCUUAUCCAAAACACACACACACACACACUAAACUCUAAUUUUAAGUUAAAAUGAAGAAGCCAUUAGUUCAUGAAAACCCACGUAAAAAUAGAGUAAUCAAAGAACUGGUUGACGGAAAAAGAUUUGCAACCCAACUUCAAACUUUACUUCAACAGCCUAUUGCAGAUCAUGGGCCAGUUUCAGCUGAUGAGCUUCUUCUCAAAAUUUGGAGAUCUUUUAGUGAAGCUAUCACUGAGUUAAAUACUUGGGGUUUAGCAUUCCAGAUCGAGGAGGUUGAUCAAGCUGAUUCCGGAGAUCGGAAGUCCAAAGAUUCUACUUCUGAAUUGAAGAAGAAGAAGGACAAGCAAGGAGGGAAAGACCGUAGAGGUUGCUACAAGAGAAGGAAAACCUCAGGUUCAUGGAUGAGAGAAUCUGCAACAGUGGAAGAUGGUUGUGCAUGGAGAAAAUAUGGGCAGAAGAAUAUACUCAAUUCUAAAUAUCCAAGGUGCUACUUUAGGUGCACCCACAAGUACGAUCAAGAUUGCAGGGCCACAAAACAAGUUCAAAUAAUCCAAGAAAAUCCAAUCAUUUACCACACCACAUACUUUGGCCAACACGCUUGCAACUCACUAAAGAUUACAAAGCAUGAGAUGAUGAUAAUUUCACAAUCCAAUCAUAAUCCAAUGGUGGAAAUGGAAUCUCCUCCUUUUGAAAUAAAACCAAAAUUGCCUAACAGUGAUGCUAUUCAUGAUUCAACAGUGAAAGAAGAAGAUCAAGAAUCCAAUAAGGUACAAAGGGAUGAUGUUUCUAAUGAUGUAUCAUCAACCAUGGAUUCCAACCUAUGGCAGAAUUUUGCGCAUGAUUCUAUAAUGGCUGAUCAUUCUUCUUAUUUUGAACGAAUUAUUUCUAGUGAUAUGGAGGAUUUUGAUAAAUUUAGUGACUUUCACUUUGAUGAGGCCAUAGAGUUUUCUUGAUUGUUAAUCCUUAUGACUAACAUUGUAAAAAUAAUAAUUCUGCACUAUUUGUUAGUAUUUCCAAAUGGAAAUGUACGUAGUAGCUUCUCCUAAGUCCUAAGUGUACUUUUGCCUUGCUUAUCUUUUACUAAGUUUUACUUUGAAAUGCA